CAAGCCCCUCACAGCUCCAACCAGACCGAGAUCUCAGUCGGCCAUGACGAUGAUAUCAUUUACCCCUCCAUCAGGGGAAGAGAGGGACCCAGGGGGAGAGCGAGCUCAACCUAUUUCUACCCCUCCGUUUCCCCCCUGUCGUCUCUUUCCCUUCAUCAUCCACAAACAUACUCUUUCUAUCACUCUACACAUCUUCAAUACACUUCAGCAAACAUGGGUUGGUUCGAGUCUCGCGAGGAACAGGCUACCGCCUACAACAACACCCCUGUUGAGGAGCACAAGGCCAGUUUCAGCCACGAGCUCAUUGGCGGUGCCGCUGCCUACGAGGCCAUGAAGGCCUACGAGAAGCACCAGGAGGAGAACGGCAAGCCCGCCAACCACGCCCAGGCCAAGGAGAUCCUCGCUGGUCUCGCCGGUGCCUUCAUCGACCGUGAGUUCGAGACCAAGGGUCUUGACAAGAUUGAUGACUGGCAGGAGAAGCGCAGACUCGCCAAGGAGAGGGCCGCCGAGCACAUUGAAGCUACCGAGGAGAGCCAGUUCGGCUUCUAAGCGAUUGGAAUAUGAGUUGGACGCACCUAUCUGUUUAUGAUGUACGGUAGUGUGUAUGACAUGAAAUAGAAAUAUACCACAAUGAACAACACACAAA